ACUCGGAUGUUUAUGUCUCGCUGUUACGGUCUGUCUCCAUGCCAGUGAGAGCUGAUUUUCACUGCUCGCUUUUUCGGAAAACUACUACAAUUUAAGGCUGAAAUGUGAUUGUAAACUACAGUGGAAAGUUGUUUCCCACCGCAGGACACAUGGACCGACCAGAGGAGGAGCUGGAGCGGAUCGCCACAUGGCUCAGUGAGGAGGGACUCGCUGCUGACUGCCCGAAGGAGGCUCAGCUGUGUCUGCUAUGGAGUGCCCUCCAGCGCACAAGAAGCCGUCUGAAGAGUGUGACAUGGGACCUGGACACCCAGCGCUCACAACACUGUGCAGAGAUGGCCGAGGUCCGCAAGUCCCUGGAACAGAUCCGAAUCUUUACAGAGCACAAAGAUGUUUUGGCUCAGGAGAUACAAGACGAAAACGAUCAGCUCAAGGACCAGCUGCGACGCCUAAUAUCCCUUCAAGACGCCCAGAUAAGCGAGGUGGCUAAGAUGCUCUACCAGCAGGGUCUGACAGAGCUGAUUCACAGCAGCCCCAGUGAGCAGGUGGCCUACCUCCUGGUGGAGAGAGCUUCCUUACUGGAGACAAGUGAGGGUCUUAACAGUCUGACGGCCGAUGGAAACACAGCCAGCCCACAGGGGACUGAAGGCCAGACGCUGAAGAGCGUUGCACACCAGUCUUCCCACAAGGGGGCACUACGUCACAGCCAGAGCCCAUGGAGGAGACUCUUCGGACUCCACAAAGCAUCACAGAGCAAACACGCUUUUAUUCCUGGCACUUUGCAUGGCAGAAGAAAUUCAAGAUACCACACCACUGAUGCAUCUUGAUCCAGUGCACUUCUCCAGGCUGAAGCCAGGCACUUGGCUGGCCAGGCAAGCAGCGUGGAGAGGGAAUGUUACCGUCUGGAGCGGGACCUGGAGGAGGGCUCCCGCCGGCUGGCCAUGGCCCACAAUGAGAUCCGACGUUUGACUGAUGAGUUGGAGUCUGCCCAUUUGACUCAAAGAACUUAUGAGCCUGAGCUGCAGGCAGCACAGCAGGAGGUCGAGCAGCUGAGACAGGAAGUACAAAAACUGAAGAAAUAUGAAAUGGUGGAGUUGCGAAAGGCCAAAGAGCUGAACGAUCGUCUGGACCUUGAGAUCAGAGCGUUGAGGAACAGAGUUCGCACCCUGGAUGCUGAGAAGAGCUCUCUGCAACAGACGGUGAUGCCUCUGAAGGAGCAAGUGGAGCAGCUGGAGUCAGCCCUGCAGGAGCAGCAGCGGCUCCUCACUGUGCAGGUUCAGGCUGACAGGGCCACAGAGCUGGCUGAAAGGGAGGUGGAGCGGCUGGAGUCAGCCCUGCAGGAGCUGCAGCAGCAGACUGAGCAGGUUCAGGCCAACCAGGUCAACAAGUUAGCUAAAUCACAGGCAGCAGAGCUAGCACAGAGCAACCAGAUGUGCAGACUUCUACAAGAGGAGCUAACUGCCCAGACAAAACGCCUUUUGGAAAAGGAGGAAACUGUGUUGUCUCUGCAGAGGGAGGUGGAGCGGCUUGAGUCAGCCCUGCAGGAGCAGCAGCAGCAGCUCCUCACUGUGCAGGUUCAGGCUGAUCAGGCUAAUGAGUUAGCUAAAUCCCAAGCAACUGAAUUGAUUCAAAGCAAUGAGAUCUGCAGAGAUUUACAAAAUAGGCUCAGCGCUCAGUCCAAAUGCCUUCUGGAGAGUGAGUCAGAAGUACAUUCCCUGAAGCAGCAGCUAGACACUUCCCAUAAUGACCUGGAUAACCUUAUAGCCACCAUUUGCACCAACAAAAAUCUUCAGGAUCAAAAUCUGUGGAAGCAAAAAGAAGCAGAUUUGCAGCAUUAUGAGAACACUCUCUGUCAGCUGAAAGAUGAAAAAGAGCUACAAACACAGCUGCAGGUGCUGCAGAACAAGGAGAACACACUGUGUAAGGAGUGUCCUGAUUAUCAAGAAGCAGUAAAGACUCUGUUGGCCACCCAAGAUGAGUGCGAGACUCUCAAGAAAGAGAUCUGUGAAACCCUUAAAUCUCUCGACAAAGAGCGGAGUAAAUACCAUGAAAUGAAGGAAAAGACCAAGGCAAAACUGUGUCGAGUCAAACAGAAAUGCGACGAUGAAACUACAUGGCGUGACGAGAAGAUCAAAAUUCUCGAGCGAGAACUGUCCUUGUGUUCCCACUCAGUCACACAGGAAAAAGAGAUUACCUUAAGUAUUACUGUAGAAAAUGAGAAACUACUCGUUGAGAGGAGAAGGCUACUACAACAGCUGGAUGAGGAGGAGCAGAACAGGAAAGCCAGUAAUCUAACAGCUUCUUUAUCCAAAUUCAGGGUGGAUUUUCUAGAAAUGGAAAACAAGAAACUCGGAAACAAAAUACUCCACAUGUCCAAUCAGCUCGCUGUCGUGGAGCGCAGCCUGCAAAACAUGCAGUCAGUCCACUUCACUGAGGACCUGAAGAAAACAUCCAAUCUCAUGCAGGUGUUUAAAUCACUUCCUAUGCAAACUUCAAGUGUGAUGGUGCCUGAGCCGACUGAGGUUCAGGGCUUUUUGGAGAAUACUCAGAGCGAGCAGACAGACGUGACUUCGCCCCCUCGCUGUUUGAUGUCUCGAUCAGCAGAGAUGGGUUACCUGAAUCUGACCUCAGCUCAAAGACACUCGGACCACUCGGCGCCCUCGGCCGCCCUCAGCAGCUCAGACAGCACGUGUUCCUGAGACUUUCUAUAUGCGAUGUGAAUAUACUGUACAGAAAUGGUUUUAUUUGCAAGUAAAUUAAAUUAAUAAAGAAA